UGUUUUUAAAAAAUGUACUAUAUAUUAUAUACUAUAUAAAAACAUACACAUGGGGAGUCAUGACCAAACACAAAGAUGCUCGGUACCAUAAAUACAACAACAACUGACAUUUGAAUAGCACCUUUAAUGUAGUAAACCAUCCCAAGGCACUUUACAGGAAGAUAAUCAAUCAAAAUUGUACACCAAGCCAAAGGAGGAGGUACUAGGACAGGUAUUGGUAAAACAACCUUAAUCCACAAAAUGAUAGAUGUGUUGAAGUCUUCUGGGGUUCCUGUUGAUGGAUUUUACACUGAAGAAGUCAGAAAAAAUGGAAGAAGAAUAGGAUUUGAUGUUGUUACGGUGUCUGGUAAGCGAGGAACUUUGUCCAGAAUUAGCAAUGAUUCUGGUACUCUGAACAGUAGGCGCUGUGAAUAUAGAGUUGGUCAGUAUGCAGUGGAUCUUCCAUCAUUUGAAUGCCUGGUCCUGCCGCUCCUCAGAGAAGUUAAUGACGGAGAUGGCAUGGAGAAAAAGGUGUAUGUGAUAGAUGAGAUAGGGAAAAUGGAGCUCUUCAGUGAACCCUUUAUCCAGUCUGUACGUCAAAUCCUAGACGGAGUUGGUGCCACCGUACUCGGGACUAUUCCUGUCCCUAAGGGAAAACCUUUAGGACUUGUGGAAGAAAUCAGAAGCAGAAGGGAUGUUAAAAUCUUUAAUAUUACAAAGGAUAAUAGGAAUAGUAUUGUACAAGAGAUUGUCACAUCAGUGCAAGACUGCAGAAAGUUAAAAGGAAGCUGAUUCAAACUGGAUGAUGACAGGAGAAUAUGCCAUGAGCUGUGCAGAUUUCUGUUUGGGGUUUAUAUUCUUUAUGUGCUUUAGAUUUUUUUGGCCUCCACACAGCUGCUCCUACAACUUCCAGUGUGCUAAAGUAAUACUUUGUUCUUGUAUAUAAAAGUGGCUAUUUGGAUUCAAGCUUUUUUCCCAAUUUAUGCACGUUCUUUAAGUAGUGGUUGGAUGCUUACUGGAGCAUGUGCUCAUUUAUUUUGGCGAUCUGAACCACAUGGAAGCAACAGUCAAGUAAUAUUAAAGUUUAUUAAGAACAAAUGUGGGAAAUCUUACUUGUCCUCAAAAGUGAACUGAUUUAGAAUUAAGAUAUUUUAAAUAUAUAAGCACAUUUGAGAGAGUGCCAUCCCCUAACUUGCCACACAAACAGCUUUACUGCAGUCCCUGGGAAAAUUGAGUUUUGUUUUGUUGGAAAAAUUCAAUAUCAAAUAUUAAAAUUACAAAAGAGAGAUACAAAUACUGUUUGAAUUCAGCCCUGUUUUAAAAAAGCUAUAGCCAUCCAAUCCUGCCUAUGUUAGUAAAUUCCAGGAAGUGACGUGUUAUUGAUCAAAAUAGUACCUGGUCUGUCUAAUACACUGUUUAUUUAAUCUUCACUAUGGCAUGCUUUGUUGAUGUUGUUCCGCUGUUAAUCAAUUAACACUCAGAUAGUCAUGCAGCAGAGUCAAGAGUGAACCAAAGAUGUUCAAAUGUUCUAAAAAUGUUGAUAUGUGUGUGUGUAUAGAUAUUUAUAAAUUCAGUUCCAAAUCUACAUUAUCACCUAUAUUUAAUGGAAAAUGCAGUAUAUUGCACCCACUGAGAGUUUUCUAUAGAUUUCUUUUGUUUUGGCAACUACCUUACUGUUAGUAAACACUAAAUUAAACAAAAAUUAGAUUGCUCAUGUAGUCUGACAAUCUGGCUGAUGCGGCUAGAACCGGGGACACAGUCUCAGAAUAAAGGGCAGGCCAUUUAAGACUGAGGAGGAAUUUCUUCACUCAGAGGGUGGUGAAUCCUUGGAAUUUUCUACCCCAGAGGGCUGUGGAAGCUUAAUCAUUGAGUAUGUUCAAGAUAGAAAAUGAUAGAUUUCUGAAUACUAAUGACAUCAAGGGAUGUGGGGAUAGCAUGAGAAAGCGGCGUUGAAGUAGAUGAUCAGCCAUGAUCUAAUCGAAUGGCGGAGCAGGCUAUAGGGGCCAAAUGGCCUACUCCUGCUCCGAUGUUGCCUCUGAACUGCAUGUAACUUCAGAAUACCUUGACAGUAUUCCAAAAGUGAUAGUAUUGGAUCUGACACUAUACAUUUGGAUAUUGGAACAUCAUAAAACAAAGAUACAAUUGCAUUAGAAGCAGUUUAGAGAAGGUGCAGUUGACUGAUUCCUGGGGUGAUGGGGUUAUCUUAUGAGGAAAGGUUGUGCAGGUUGGGCCUACACUCAUUGGAGUUUAGAAAAAUGAGAGGUGAUCUUAUUGAAACAUAUAAGAGGGGACUUAACAGAGUGUAUGCUGAGAGGAUGUUUCUCUUGUGGCAGAAUCUAGAACAAGGGGACACAGUUUAAAAAUUAGGGGUCUCCUAUUUAAGACUGAGAUGAGGGGAAAUUUUUUCUCUGUGUCAUUAGUCUAGAAUUCUCUUCCCUAGAGAGCAGUGGAGACUGGGUUAUUGAAUACAUAGAAGGCUAAGUUAGAUUUUUGAUUGACAAAGGAGUCAGAGGUUAUGGUAGGCAGACAGGAAAACGGAAUUGAGGCCACAAUCAGAUCAGCCAUGAUCUUAUUGAAUGGCCUACUCCUGCUCCUAAUUUUUGUGAUCUUGUACAUCCAGCCCCCACUCCCAUGGGCUACAUAUAAAGUUUCAAUCCAUACUCCCAUUACAUUGCUCAUUCCUCAAACAAUGGAUAUUAAAAGGUAUUGGUGUUCUAAUUUGGAAUUUAUCCACAAAUGAAACAGCAACAUUAAAAGUCACCCCUUCCAAACCUCCAACCCAGAGAGGUUCAUAUAAAUCAGAGGCAAGCAUAAUCUGCAGAUGUUCCUGAUGUCCUAACCUUAGCAGUGCUGUAAUCUUUUUAAACCUGUAAACUAGCUGCAUCCUGUCCUUUGCUCAUUUUGACCAGAUGUUAUUGCUCACCUUUGCUGCUGGUGGGAAUUGUGAUUCUGGGCAUAGAAUGGUUGAUUAUGACGUAAAGAAAGAAAGACUUUUAUGUAGCACUUUUCAUGACCACUAGAUACCGCAAAGCGCUUUAUGCCAAUGAUGUUUUUAAUAUAGUCACAAUUGUAAUGUUGGGAAAAAGAAAUAACAAACUUCCACCAACCAAUGACCUUGGCAGGUCUGUAAUGAAUUCCUAAGGUCAUAAAGCCUUGCAGACCUCAGCGGGUGAUUACACUCAACAAAAUCUUAAAUGUUGAUGACGGGCUUGCCUUUUUAAUUCUUUGCAGUAAAUGGGUGCCAAACUCCAACGGCACAAGGUAUUGAAAAGAUUUGAAUACAUGUGUACCUCCACUCAAAAUUGCUUACUGCUUCCAUGUGCAAGUUGUUAUUACCUAACCUUUGUUUUAGCUCAAUUUCAUUUUUUUCUAGAAACAACUUUGGACAUACUGGAUAGCUAUAAAACCAUCUCAUUUUA